AUCUCUCUUUUGUUUCAUCUUUUCUUUGCUUUCUCUUAUCUGGCGGCUCUAACCAGCUCUCGAGUUGUUCGUUUCUCUGGUUAAUGGAUACUGAACCCUCUUGGGAUCUUGGGGGGGUGGUAAAUUUUUUUUCUAAAUUGCAUGGCAACAUCAAAUGACCAAACCAAUAACAAAUCAUCAUAUUCUCACACUCUUCUUCUUCUCCUCGUAUUAUUAUCUUUUAUUCUCUUCAUUGGCCUUACAAUCCCAAUGACUCAUCAUCAAUCCACAUCUACGGUUGUUCCCUUCAAGAGGAUUCUUCUUAAAUCUUCGGCUCCAGCUUCAUUCACGAUGGAUUUGCGUCCAAAUGAUCGCCCACGACCCAGCCGCACUUCUAGAAAGAGAGAGUUUGGAAAUGAUGCUCAUGAAGUUCCUAGUGGUCCAAACCCUAUUUCCAACUAGGUGAGCUGGCAUAUUUGGUUUUACCCCUGAGUUUAAAAGAUAAGUUUUUAAGAUCGAUAUUAUGUUAUUAUAUUGGGAAAAGCCUCUGAUCGAUGGAGAUUAGAGAAGAACUUAAUUGUUAUGGAUUUAGUAUAUAUAUAUUGAAUGGAUUGGUUUGGUA